UUAGAGUUCUGUGCAUCAUGCUGGAUUUAGAAAUAGUUCCCGAACGUUCCCUGGGCAGCGAUGCCUGGGAGUUCGUUUUAGGAAUGCAUUUUUCGCAAGCUGUUUCCAUUAUUCAGAGUCAAGUUGGAACGAUACGGGGCGUUCAGGUUCUUUAUAGCGAUCAGAAUCCACUGUCAGUAGAUUUAGUAAUAAAUAUGCCGCAGGACGGCAUUCGGUUAAUAUUCGACCCCGUCGCGCAACGGCUCAAGAUCAUAGAGAUAUAUAAUAUGAAGUUAGUUAAGCUUAGGUAUAGUGGUAUGUGUUUCAACUCGCCAGAAAUAACGCCAUCUAUCGAGCAAGUCGAGCACUGUUUCGGGGCGACCCACCCCGGCCUUUACGACAGUCAGCGGCACUUGUUCGCGCUCAACUUCAGGGGUCUCUCGUUUUAUUUCCCCGUCGAUAGCAAAUUCGAGCCCGGAUACGCUCACGGUCUUGGCUCACUCCAGUUCCCGAAUGGCGGUUCACCCGUCGUGUCGCGAACAACGAUAUAUUACGGAUCACAGCAUCAACUAACACGAUCAGCCAGUGGAGGUAGAUGUUUGGCUCCUCUAGCAGAUCUACCUCUUUCCUGCUACCGACACCAGCUCCAUCUGAGACGCUGUGAUGUUCUCCGAUCCCCCACAGCCACCCUGGGUCUUCGCUUACACAUAUAUACAGAAGGCACGCGCUCGGGCUCGCCCGCGUCCCCGCGGCGGCGCGUGGUCCGCUUCGGCGACAGCUGCCAGGCGGUGGCGCGCGCGCUGGCCGCCCCCGCGCGCCUGUACUACAAGGCCGAGGACAAGAUGCGCAUCCACCGCCCCACCGCGCGCCGCCGCCCGCCGCCCGCCUCCGACUACUUCUUCAACUACUUCACCCUCGGCAUGGACGUGCUCUUCGAUGCGCGUACGCAUCAAGUGAAGAAGUUCGUACUGCACACUAACUACCCGGGACACUACAACUUCAACAUGUACCACAGAUGUGAGUUCGAGUUGAACAUACAACCAGACAGGUGCGAGUCGAACGCGCUGGUGGAGUCGCGCGGCGCGGUGAGCAUCACGGCGUACAGCAAGUGGGAGAGCGUGUCGCGGGCGCUGCGCGUGUGCGAGCGCCCCGUCGUGCUCAACCGCGCCUCCUCCACCAACACCACCAACCCCUUCGGCUCCACCUUCUGCUACGGCUACCAGGACAUGAUCUUCGAGGUGAUGUCAAACAACUACAUAGCGUCGAUAACUCUGUACCAGCCAGAGGGCACUCGACCUCACUACGCGGUCAACUCCAUCGCGUGACACAAUAAGGUAUCACCAAGCAAAGGUAAAAAAUUCACAUCCUGAAUGCAGUCAGUUUGUCAGUAUUUACAAAAUUAAAAACACUUCACUGAUGUGGCAGCACUGCACCGUUCGUACGAACCUUCUGGCAAAGUGACAUACAUAUCCCUUAAAUGCUAAACUAAGGUAAACAGUAUUGAAAAAAAAAAUGUGAUAAAAACUGUGAAAAAAAAAACUAAAAAAAAUAAGUGAGUUACAGAUCUCAAGAUGGUGUGUAUACGUUUAUUUAAUUCCUUAGCAGCAAUGGACAGUAAAAAAAAUAUUGUAAGUUCAUAGUGCAAAGGUCUUUCUUAAUAAUCAUAAUUAGUCAAAUGUUAUUUUAAGUUUUACACUUUGACGGAAAUCUACAUUGUUUUUCAGUAAAAAAUAAAUAAAUAUAGUUCUUAAGAUGUUGUAAAUAUUUUUUGACAUUUGGAAAUAAUAACGAGUAAUCAUAAAAAUGUAUUUUUUCUAAGAUCAUUGGACGAUCUGCUAGUGUGAUUAUUGUGAUAAAAAAUAAUUCAAGAAAAAAAAAAUAUGUGCAAAAAUAUUUUUUCUUAACAGCACCACAAUUACGCCGUGAGUGGCUUUCUAUAGUGUAGUCUUUAUUUUAAAAUUUGUAAAUAAAAUGCAUAGACAAUUUAUUCGACAUUUUAACAUUCAAGAGCUUAAACUUAACAAAUUAAAAACAGAAAAUACGGUUAUAUGAUGAUAUAAUUACUGAAUAAGGAGAUUGAAAUAUUUUUUAUUAUUUCUAUUUUGUCACGAACCGUUCAAUUUUGAAUAUAUCGUGUUUGCAAGUAAAACGAAUCUUAAUGAUUUUCUUAUAUAUAAUACAAAAUCUCGUUAUAAAGU